AUGAGCUUCACACCUCCUCUACCACCAGUGUUUGCUGGAGAGAACUACCACAUUUGGGUAGUUAAAAUGAAAACUUACCUCCAAGCACAUGAUCUAUGGAGUGUAGUUGAAAGUGAUGUUGAACCACCUCCAUUGAGGGCAAAUCCAACUAUUGCACAGAUUAGGCAGCAUAGUGAGGAGCGAGCCAAGAAGCACAAAGCCAUGGCCUGUCUACAGAAUUGUGUGUCUGAUGUGAUUUUUACACGCAUUAUGGCUUGUGAUUCACCCAAGCAAGCAUGGGAUAGGCUGAAAGAGGAGUUCAUGGGAUCAGACAAGACAAGGCAGCAACAAGUAAUCAACCUUAGAAGGGAAUUUGAGAAUUUGAAAAUGAAGGAGUCAGAGACUAUCAAGCAAUAUUCUGAUAGGAUCAUGGCUACUGUUAACAAUAUCAGACUCCUUGGAGAAGAUUUUAGUGACAGCAGGGUUGUUGAGAAAGUUAUUACCACUCUCCCUGAGAGGUUUGAGUCAAAAAUCUCCUCAUUGGAGGACUCGAGGGAUCUCACAACCAUUUCUUUUUUUGAGUUGGUAAACUCACUUUAUGCACUCAAGCAGAGAAGGGCUAGUAGGCAGGAAGAGCAUCCUGAAGGAGCCUUUCAAGAAAAAGACAGAGAAGGCUCUAUCUCAAGUCAGAAAGCAAAGAAGCCUUGGUUUGAAAGAAUGGAGAAAUCAAGAAAAGAUGCAGGGAGAAGGAGGUUUCCACCUUGCAUUCACUGUAAGAAAACAAACCAUUUGGAAAAGUACUACUGGAAUAGACUAGAUAUUCAGUGCAAGAAUUACAAACAGUAUGGCCAUCAUGAGAAGAUCUGCAAAGGCAAAGAGAAGGCUCAUACUCAGCAGCAAGUUCAAGCCAAAACUACUGAGGAUCUUCAAGCUCAGGAGUAG